UUCCGCCGCGCGCCGCGCCGCGAGCCACACGUGUGAGCGCGGGUCAUGGUCGCGAGAACCGAUGAGAUGUUCGGCUGCUAUGGUGACAGCUACUCGUACCGCCUGUGGAGCCUGGCCAACGUCUGGGGCGCCUGCCGAUGUGAGUUGGGACUGUAAACACUACUCCGCGUCGUCGCAGUGCCAGUGCGUCGCGCUCUCGGAUAACUGAUAGUUAGCGGCCGUCCGCACUGCACAUCGCCAAACAAACGUAAAAAAACAAAAGUUCAAUCCGGUGCGUUCGCAGCACAUUCAAAAUAAAUAAUUAAAAAAUCGCGCUCCUAAACUCGUCAGGGUGUUUGGAAGGUAUAAAAGUUAAAGUGCCACAUCGCCAGCUGUCCAGCGAUGUAAAAGUUCAAGUUGGUGCGUCGUAAACAUAGAGGUGUGCGUUGGGCGUCAGUCACUCCGACACUGCGACCGUCUCGUCGGACGAAGGCCGACAGUGGUGUUGUGGCCCGAUGAAAGUGCAUAGCCAGCUUAUGGGAGUCGGCGGAUGGUACGAGUGGCUGGCAGCCGACUGGCUGGCCGACAUGCGGAGUAAGCAGGUGCCCACCUCCACCUCCUCGGCCAGGCUGGCGGCCUUGAUCCGGCCGCUGGGCGGCGCGGGCGCCGGUGCUGGUGGUGCGGAAAGCAAACCAGCCGAGGAGGAGGAGGAGGAGCGCACCGGCUCGCCGCUGGGCCCCGGCGGGCCCCACACGUGCAGGCACUGCCGCGGCACCUACCCCACGCGCGAGCAGCUCGAGCGCCACGAGACGCUGCACGCGCCCAGCACUCAGGUGGAUAACGUCAAAUAUUCUUGCAAAAUAUGUCCGAAGAGCUUCGACAACGUGUACCGCCUGCAGCGGCACAUGAUCAGCCACAUCGACUGCGCAUCAAUACGAAAGUACAAGUGCAACGACUGUGAGAAAGCCUUCAAGUUCAAACAUCACCUCAAAGAACACAAUCGAAUACACAGCGGCGAGAAACCGUUCGAGUGCGCCAACUGUGGAAAGAAAUUUUCACAUUCAGGGUCGUACUCCUCGCAUAUGACAUCUAAGAAGUGUCUCGUUAUGAACCUCAAGAUGGGACGGAUAAAGCCCAAUAACCCCGCCUUGAAUCCAGACCGAAAUUCUUCACGCAAACGUACGCAUGCUCAGUUGAAUAACAACGUACCUCCGAACAACUCUUCGUUUUUAUUACCAAAAUACAAUGAGGCCGCCGCUGCAUUUUUUGCAACGAUGUCACCGCAAGAAAAUAAUUUUCAUCGCCCGCCCGUCGGACAGCCGGGAAUGAAUCCUUUCUACAUGCCACCCGGCAUGCCGUUGAGUCCUGCGAGCGGUAUAGCUCCUUACACUUUCCCGGCUUCGUUGAGCCAACUAUUCGAGCAGCUGGCCUCACAACAGUACCAACAAAGAAAAAUGGAAACACCCAGUCCGAAACGAGUGAGUCCACUCGGUCCGAACCCUGAAGAUUUAAUAGAAGAAGUGACAGAAGAAGACGAUAAAAGAUCUGAAGGUAGCGCUGAAUUAGUGAUGGAUAUCGAGGACGAAGACAACGUUUCCAUCAAAAAAGAGCAAGACGACCGUGACAGCGAACAAAUAUUACGAUCUCGCGUUUACGAUUCUGCAACAGCGAAUCAUGAAAAUGGCAUUGAAGAUGAUCAGUCAGGUUUCAACACAAUUUUAAAAUCCGUAAACGCGUCGGUAACUAAACACUUUUUUAGAGCGAAUAUGGAAAGUCUCUCACCAGCUUCGGGUAAAGUUUGCCCUACCGUGGAAUCGCCUCCUGCGCCGCAUUUAACAGUAAAAGAGGAACCAGAAGAUCCCCACGUUUGCUUAAAGUGUAAUCUUUCAUUUAAUGAUAAAAAUGACCUUGUCGAGCAUGAAAAAUUAUGCGGAAACAUGUUUAGAAAACACGAAGGCCUGGCAGCUCAAAUGGCUGAAACGGUAGCUCUUAACAGAUUAGAAGCUGAAAUGCGGGCGUCGAUACAGAGUGGAGUGAGUGCUAGUGAAGACGAAGACUACGGGAAAGAUGACAUCGAAGACAAAGUGUCUUUGCACGAUAGUGAUAGAAAAAUCAGGGUCCGCACGGCGUUAAGCGAGGAACAACAAACCGUAUUAAAAGAACACUACUCCGUAAAUCCUCGUCCAAAUCGUGAGGAAUUUAAAAAGAUAGCACAACUAAUCGGUCUCGAUAACAGAGUCGUUCAAGUUUGGUUCCAAAACAAUAGAGCCAGAGUAAGAAGAAUGUCGCAAGUGGUACCGAUGCCUGACCAGCCUCUAGACCUAUCCACAAAAAAGUCUAGCGCGUCCGUCACGUCUAGUCCCGCACCGUCGCCGCCCUGCAGCAUUUCAGUUACACAUUCCGAUUCCGAAGAAGCCGUUAAUUUAAGUCAAAAAUCUUCGCGGAGUACAACGCCGCACCGCUCUCACUAUUUAAACACCUAUCCACAUUCCAAUUGUUCUUCCUCUUCGUUUAUCGAUUUUAGAUUGUCACCUUCGCCGGGCGAAAAUAUGAAUGGCCAGAAAAGGCUAAUGUCCCAAAAGAUGGCUAUAAACCCCGUGAUGCCCAUGGACAAGUUACUGCAGUACAACGACAUGACGAACGGACGGUCUCCCAUCCUCAACAUGCACAUGGCGGACAACAGGCACGAGUCCAGUCCGUCCUACGAUCGGCCCACGUGGAACGAUGGCCUACAUUCGCAAAACGAUUACGACGAUGAACCAGUACUUAAAAAAAGCAAACUAAUAAAAAGUGACUACAAGGAAGGAGAGGGGCAGUUCGUGUGCGACCAGUGCGACAAAACGUUUGUCAAACAGAGCUCCCUCGCGAGGCACAAAUACGAACACUCAGGACAACGUCCCUACAAGUGCGCGGAGUGCGACAAGGCCUUCAAGCACAAGCACCACCUCACGGAGCACAAACGCCUGCACACGGGGGAGAAGCCCUACCAGUGCUGCAAGUGCCUCAAGAAGUUCUCGCACUCCGGCUCCUACAGCCAGCACAUGAACCACAGGUUCGCCAUCUGCAAGCCCUAUAGAGACUAAUUAUAACCUCAAACUUUAGCUAAAUGUUGAAAUCUUUCAAAUUCUUCUAUUUUAAAUUUGUUGUUCGCAAUUUAGACAUGGAAAGUGACUGAAAUUGGCGUCUCGUGACUUAAGUGAUAAUGCUCAUAAAGAAAUUUCGAAACAUUACAAUCAUUAUUCCGAUAAUUGUAUCCUCCUUUAAACUUCUCAAGAACUUGAAAAAAUGGUACGAGUAUCUACACCAAUUGUAGGAAUACUGGUUCUAGGGCACAUUUGUUUCGCUGUUACAAUUCUGUUAACAGGUAACAGUAUCGCAAAAGAAUGUGUUGAGUAAAUUUUCGAAACAUGUUUUAGAGACAAUAGUAACACAUAAUUGGUGAAAGCUUUUACAUGUGCGUAUGUAUACAACUAACCUCUGUUAUGUGAAAAAUAUCCGAGAAUCUGUUAGUUAUAUAAUAAGGCUGUUACUUAGUAAUAAAUUAAUUACUUAGUCUUUUAACUAUCUAUGCUUUCAUAAAAAAAAUCUUUCACCAUUCUUAACAAAGCUAAAAUUAUACAUUUUUUAUUCAAGACAUGGAUGGACGUUCAGUGUCUACAAUCUAUUUGUAUGAGUACUUCCAUAUAGUAUAUCUAUUUACGAACUAAAUGAAAUUGAAAUUGGUAUUUUUUCAUUACAUUUAAUUUUACAAUUUUCUUUAAGUAUUCGAUUAGUGCCAAAUAUGUUUUCCAAAGAAACGAACGUGCCAUUUGAUAUGCCAAAAAUAUAAAUUGAUUUUAUUUUCUUAGAAUUAAGUAUAUUAUUAAAUAAGUUUUAGUUAGUACUGAAUCGCAAAGGCCGGUACCUGUAACAUAAUACUCACUGAUGUUACUGUAAUAUCUAUAGGUAUUUUAUUAUUUGUACACUCAUUAGUUUUGCAUAUUAUUUUAGUUAGUACAUAAAUAGAGAUCUUGUCAUUAUUAUAAUUUGUAUAUAAAUAUCAAUUAAUGGUUGCUGGUAGGGUUAUCCAAGGAGGUUUGCUAGCACCCACUUUGCUAUUAACUUCCAGAAAUCACAAUACAAGUUUCUUGCAAAGAAUCAUUACUCAUACAUACCUAAUGCAAUCAUGUUAUUGCAAUAUUAAUUCAAACACGGUAUGAGCAUUUGCCAAAGAAAGUGCAAACAAUAAUAGAGCCUCAGUAACCUUGCAUCAAUCAUGUAGGGGUUAACAGACACUAUUGUAUGAAGACCUGAAUAUAACACAAGUGUAGUGACGAAGCUGUGGCUCUAUCAAUGACAAUAUAAUGUAGAUAAGAUCCACGCUCUGUUCGGUGCAGAGCGCAACUGUACGUACGUACCAACACGUACCAAGAGCCCGCGGCCACAUCAGACGUGUAAUUUCACGCUUCCGCCGUGGAGAUUGCUCCCCAUUGAACCGAGAAAGCUUCGGUCACAUUAUUUUUGUAUUAGCGUCAGUAUUUUACAAAUUUAGAACGAAAUUUUCAUGUACCGAUAAUAACCCGUGAGCUAACGGAAAUAUUUUAUUAGGUAACGCGACUAAAACUGACACCAUGUAAUUUAUUUUAAAAAUAUUUACAAAUAUUUUAAUCCCGCUAAUAAUACUUAUAAGUAAUUUUAUUAUCACACCAACAAACUUAAUUAUGAUUAAGCAAACUGAAAAAUAUUUAGCAAUCACUAUUUGGAUGUCUUAAUAUUCACUAAUUAAAAGGAGAGGAUUACUCAAUUAAGGAGAAACGCAAAUCUGAGUAUAAUGUACGUAGUGGUAUUUUUUUUAAGUUUUAAGUCUACAUGUCGUUGACAUAAAGGGUCACAGACAGACAGACGGACAAUCAAUCAAUGUAGGAUUUAUAAAGAUAUAACAAUAUACGGCGAUAAUUCACAACAUCUUUUAUUUUUUUAUAACAAAGCUUCAGCAGUCGUCGUUGCCUCAAAAUGUUUCCGUCUCUUCGGCUAUACGAGUAACAUUACAUCCUUAAAUGUUAUAGAUAAUGUAAUUAUAAAUAUGUAAGCUUCUCGUAUUUUAGCAUAUAAGUAUUUACCUACUAUUUAAUUAUAUAAGUUUAUAAAGCAUUCCAUAAUACUCCUAUGGGAUCUCUGCUGUGUUUAAAAAACUUUCUCGAUUAAAUAGUUAAUCCAAAGAUUAAGUAGAUAUUGUUGGGGUGUACAUACGACGGCUAUUGUAAUGUAAAUAUUUUGAGGAUUUAUUUGUAAAUAUGCGCUUAAAUUGUAUUCGAAUAGUUAUAGAUUUAUCUAUUAGUAAAACAUUAUUAAGCUGGUCGCACAUCGCAUCAAAAUCUGUAAUUGAUGUCCGUAGCGACCGCAGCGCCGGCGCCUUCGCAUUUUACCGCAUUCAAUUAUUAAUUUUAUCUUUUCUAUCCUACUACAGAAAUUAAAGAGAACCUAAAGUAAUAAUAGAGUCAUCAGAUGUAUAGAUAACGGAAAAAUAUUUUUAAUUGUGAAAAAAAAGCGUUUUUCGUUUAAAAAAAAUGGAAAAGCGUUCUUUAGAGUCAUCUUAUGGUUUUGUGUUGGAUAUAAUCCUAUUCAUGAUUGCUUCAAAGCUUCCUUAAAAAGAAAGUCUAAUAAAACUGUAACUGAAAAUAUUAUAGACAAACUAUAAUUUGGUUAUAGCUGCGAGCAUCGGAUGCGGUAUGACGUAAUGUGCGAGCAGCACGAAGGGCUUAACGUAGUGCCAAUUGAAACAAUGAAUAAGAGACAAUAAAUAAGAAAUGAACAUCCAUUUAUAUAGUAAAAGCGAUGGUACAUAAUAUUUAUAUAAUUAUAUUGAAUCUGUAUUUACUUACCUCUAUUAUUAAUACUUCCCAAACUGUUGCCAAUUUUUUGAAAGAAAAAAAAUUCAUUUAAUAAAAUUUUGACAAUUUGAAUUGAAUUCUUUGGCGCGGGUACUUUCAUAUUCUUAUAUAUUACGGUCCAUUUCUAAAAUACCUGUAUUUUUUUGUCUGCGAUCUCAUCUGACGUUAUCGCUAAGAAAUCUUAAUCAUGUAAUAUUAUUUAAUGAAAUAUUUUAUUAAGAAUCAAAUAAAUAUAACCACUGAAAAUGAAAUGAAGUCAAUGGACACUUUAAAUUAUCGUGAGGUUGUUUUCAUUAUACAUAAUUUUAUGAAUAAACGGUUCAGCUCGUAAAUAUGUCGAAUUUUGCCCAAAUAGUUACGAGCCCGUUUUAAAUGAGUUAAUAAGUAGGUAGUCGAGAUCAGAAUUUUCUAGAUGAGAUUUUAAACACCUUAGAAUUGUGAGGACCAACCUGAUAAAUAUGACAAAUAAUUUACGUUUUUAAUAUUAUGCAAUUGUUUUUUUAAAAAAAUCUUAAUUUAUAAUGUAAUGUACUUAAAUUAAUACUGUUAUGGGUUAAGGAAGGCGCCUCCGUGUCCAGAUUUACCAAAUACUUACAACUGGAUUACUAACUACAAGUAGGUGUCCAUUUAUAAACCAUUCAUAUUAGAAAAUAGUAAUAAUGUUAAUAGAAAAUCGAUAAUAUAUUAAAGAAUCUCCAAUCAACUGAACGGCUGGACGCCCCUUCCUCCAUACAUGGUGCAUUUAAUUUGAUAACCAAAGCAUAUAAUUAGUCUCUCAUUAUUUAUUUCACCAACUUUUCAGUAUGUUAGAACAGAAAGUUCCUAAGCGAAAUACAUUUAAGAGAUACCUAAUGAUUUAUCUGUAUUUUGUAAUUGUAAGUAGGUAAAAGUUAUAAUUAUAAUUUGUAAAGGUUUCUAAUCAACGAAUUACUUUAAAUUGCUGAAUGAUGCCGAAAGCAUUUCCAACACAUGUUCAUGUGUAGGUAAUUUUAAUUACAAGUAGUUGUAAAUUCAUAUUAUCCAGAUUCAUAUUUUGUUUGCAGCCAGCAGGCAACUUGAGCGAGUAGGUAGGAUAUUCCAUUUAUUUGAUAACAUCUACCUAAUCAAAUACGUAUAAAUAGGUAAGACGCAUACAAUAUGUACCUAUGUAUUUUUUUCAACCAAAAGCUUCAUUAGCUAUUUUGUACCUAACUAUGCUUGUAAAACGGUAUUGUGAGUUUCGAGUUCGCCUCUAUAUCUCUCUAUCUAACACGAUACUUUAGAUAGUGAGAGAUAGAGACGAAUUCAAAACUCAUGCAUGCACAUUACAAAAUUUCAUGCAUAAACUAGUAAAUUGAAAUAACAGCAUCGAGAAAUAUAUUUUUACAAUAUUUACAUUAUACGAUUUGAUACUUAAAUUUUAAUGUAUUUUAAGUACCUAAUCUUUUUUUUUUAUAUCUACCGGCUCGCUGGGUACCUGCUGAUCUCGAAUUUUAGAGUCUCGUAAUCAGUAUUCUGCUGACGAUUUCAAAUGAUUCCGCGCGACAUGUCAAGUGUCAACUAUAUACUGUGUAAUUAUUAUAAAGUAACUAUUAUUGUAAAUUUAAUAAGAAACAGAUUAAGUGAGCCUGUUUGAUAUAUUUCAUAUUUUAUUAUGAGUAAUUUUAAUUUUAAUAUCCUGUUUAUCGGCGGCUGCCUGUACACGCGGGAACGACUAUGAAAAUAUACACAAAUAAUAGUCAAAGUAAUCAUAAUAAUGCAAAUCAAUAAAAUAGCCCAGGCAAAGUUAUUGUCGGCGCUUGCCCGAUUGUAUUUCGCACUGUAGAAACUCGUCGGAUAUGCAUGUAUGAAAACGUUAAAACUGCUGCAGUUUCAUGAAUAUUUUUUUGACAAAAUUAUUAAAAAGAUAAUAUAGGUCCGUUUAUCCGUGUGUGAGGAGCACCGCGAACAGGCGGUUCAAGUGAUAACAAAUGAUCACCGGUGGGCUAGCUAAACCAAAGAUUAAUUACGAUAGAUAUUGUGAUGUGGAAAAUUGUAAUAUAUAGAUUUCCCAUCGUUAGCUCUUAAGUUUUGUGCCAAAAAUAUAGCUUCGUAUAAAUUUUAUAUAAUAUACUUACCUACUACGUAAUGUAAAUGUUUAAUUGGGCAACAUGUACUGUGGCAUCGGUUAGUUAAUUUCUUGUGCAAUACAAUAUUGCAAGGAAGUAAUUUAUUUUAUAUAUUUUGUAGCUAUAUGUAUUCUUUGUGACUUGCGAAUGCCCAAAAAAUGUGAUCUUAUUUAAGAAUCUACUAAGAAGGUUCCAAAUUGACGUACCUACUACCUACCUUCCCAGAUACUGACGGCCCAGUGUUAUUUGAUAUUUUUUCGUCUAUUAUUACGAGUAUCUAUACGUACCCAUUUUUAGAUCUGGCUAUAAUAAUGCCAAGGUAUAGGUACUGUUACAAAUAUAUAUGCAUCCUUCAAAUUGUGCAAAAAGAUUUACCUGUAUUUACUUUUUUUAGGUAUUUGUUUUUAUUAAGAUGAAGUUAAUUUACACCUUUCAUUCUCUAAAAUUAUGGAGACUUCUGUCUACUGUCUAGGUACUGGGUUUUACAUCAUCUAAUAAAAAAUCUGUAUUUUUACAUCAGUUACGUAUAUUCACAUAAUAAUUAUCCAUACUGUUUUUAUAUUUGGGCAUUGGAAGGAAGGCACCUAUAUAAAAUGUGGUUUUAGUUCGAUACUACUAACUAAAUAGGAUCAAUUUAUUAUUAUUGUAAGGCGUUCGCAAGUCACAAAAACGAAUUACCUAUGUUAGGCCAAAGUGAAUUCCUAUUGCCAUAAUAAUAUUUGUUGUAAAUCCGUGGGGCGGCCUGUGUGACGUCAACCACUUGUUAAAAUUAAGGUAACUUUAGAUUGUUAAACUUAACCAUAGAUUAACAUGUGUUAAAAUAUUGCCUAUAUAAAUUAUAGUAAUUCAUUUUACUUGAUAUUAUAAUGUAUAUUGAAUUUAUGAAUAUUAAAAAUAUAUAUAUUGACAUUUCAAUGCA